GCCAACAGCCAACAGCGAAGAGGAGACGAGGCUGUCGACCGUGUCUCUUCUCGGUUGCAAACCGCGGCGUCACUUUCUACUAAAUCAGCAUGCGAUGGCAGGCAUACUGGCGUGUGGUCGAACCGACCAAGUCGGCCGCCCAAGUCGAUGCCGAGGCGUACCUUCUGUACAUUGACCUCGGGUCCGAUGUCUACUGGCGCGCGUCGUGUCUCCGCUUCCAGCGCUGGAUGCUCUUCCUUGCAGCGUUUGUGUCGCAAAUCUGCUGCGGAUCCCUCUACGCGUACAGCCUCCUCAUCAAGCCGCUCGCGACGCAGCUGCGCGCGACCGACGAGGCCGUAACGCUGCCGUACUACGUUGCGUACGCGUGCGUCGGUGUCGCCGCCGCCCUCGCCGGCCCGUCCAUCGAGCGACAUGGACCCCGCGCCGGUAUGUGCCUCGGGGCUUUGCUCAUGGCAGGCGGGCACCUCUGCGCCGUGCUCGCAAUAGCCUACCAGCGCCCCUUUCUCUUGUACGGCUACGGCGUCUUGUACGGCGCGGGUGUCGGCAUCAACUACGUCACGCCGAUUGCGCCGCUGCAAAAAUGGUUUCCCGAUCUCCGCGGGACGGCCGCGGGCUUUGCGCUUUGCGGGUUUGGCGCGAGCGGCGUCGUCUGGGGCGGUGUGUACCAGCUCCUCUUGCGCGACGUGGGUGUCCUCUCUGUGUUUGUCGUUGGUGGCCUGGCCAUGACCCUCUUGCUGCUGCUCUGCGCUUUGGUGCUCCGGACACCGCCGCCGGCCUACCGCGUCCACGGACUCGACAUGCACGGCGUCGAAGAAUUCGCUGGCGACUCGCGACGCGACGGGGUGUGCCUUGUGGACUUUGCCAAGGCCCACGACUACCUCGGGCCCGAGCUCGACGAGAAUGAGCGCGUCUACCACGAGCGCAUCCAGCACCAAACUCUGCGCGCGUGCGUCCUGUCCGCCGACUUUGCGUUUCUGUAUGCAACGUACAUGGCGACCUUUGUCUUUGCCAUUGUCUACUUGCCCCAUUUGUAUGAUCUCUACCUGCUCCUUGCUAGUACGAGCAGCGAGGCCGAGUCGGACGCGCUCAGCUUUUUGCUGCUCGCGGCGAUUUGCAAUUUCCUCGGCCGGCUCGUCUUGCCGAUCGCGUCCGACAUUGUGAUCCGCAUCGCGAGUCUCAACCCGCCCUUUGGCCGCAAGCUCGCAUUUGGCGUCGCGCUUCUCGUGCAGAGCAUCGUGCUCGGCGUCCUCCCAAGCGUGCUGCGACAGAGAGACGUCGACACGUUUGCGCAUAUGAUGUGGAUCACGGCAUUCGUCCUCGGUGGCGCCACGGGCACCUUGCCGUCGCUCUGCACCGACUUGUACGGUGUCUACCACACCGGCACGAUGUUUGGCAUCCUUCUCACCGGCUCGUCGCUCGUCGGGCUCGUCGGCGGCUACCUCUUUACGCGCUGCUUUAGCGCCUGGAAAGAAGAGUCCGAGCUCGACGCCUAUGUCGCCAACGCGCACUGGGUCCACGCGGUCGUGCUCAGCGGCCUCCUCUUUGUCUGCCUCGUGCGCACCAACCCCGUCGAUCGAUUCCAGCAUGGCUACACGCUCUGUGGCCACCGCCUUUGUCGGUAGCGUAGUGGACUCGAGUUCGUCAUGUAUAAACGAAGCUGCGGCUACUUCUGUCC